UUAUUUCGAAAAUCUCAUCGCAUUUCGAUCCAUUUUGCGAUUUGCAGCGGUGCAACUCUGAAGAUCGGCCGUCUCCCUCCCGAAGGAAAACUGUUGAAAUUCCAAAAUGGAUGAUGAUUUCUUCAAAUAUCUACCGUCAGAAAUCGUAUUAAAUAUCUUCUCAAGACUCCCCACUCGAGCAGCUAUGGCCUGCAAGUGUGUUUGCAAGCCAUGGCUCAGUCUGCUCGCUACUCCUGAGUUUGUGAAUCCCCAUAUGUCUAGAUCAGUCCCGGGCCUUGCUGUUGAAACACACUCAAAUUCAUUCGAAAUCAUUGAAUUUGUGGAUGAGCUUGGCCUCGACGUUGAGGUGGAGCAUCGCUGGGAUGUGGCCUUCAACUUCAGUCUCCCCUUUGACGAGCCAAUCCAUAGUUCGGCUAAUGGUUUGAUCUUUCUAAGAGGCUUCGAUCAUGGGGAUCUCAUCCUGUGCAAUCCGAUCACGCGUGACUAUAUCAAGCUCCCUUCUCCUCAACAAACUACCUCAGAAGAUCAGCUUGUUUCUGAGAAUUUUGGAUUUGGAGUGAGUGGAACGACCGGCCAAUAUAAGGUGGUUAGGGUUUUCGUUGAGAAACCACUACAUGAGGAGUACGAAAAUGAUCCAUUACCAUUUGAGUUCCAAUAUGAGUGCCAAGUGUACACUGUUGGAACCGGAUCGUGGAGAAAAGUUCCUUCUGGUAACCCGCACUUGUUUUGUGAGGAUCUUUGGGGGGUACUUCUGAAUGGAAAUCUCCAUUGGAUGGUAAUAGAUAUAACCACAGGCCACUAUCUUGAACGAAUUUCUUGCUUUGAUCUCGAAACAGAACGUUUUAGCACAUUAACUGUACCUCCUCCUUGUGGCAUAGGUUCACGCGAUUGUAAGACACCAUCUGUUUUGAGGGGCUGUCUCUGUGUAAGCCAUAUUACAGCUGAUGGGGAGAUUGUCAUCUGGUUGAUGAAGGAAUAUGGAGAUGAGAAAUCUUGGACAAAGGAAGUUUUUGUCGUCGAUGUUCUUAGAGGACUUAGUGAUGAACUUCAUGUUUGCCCGAUCAGAGUUUUCGAAAAUGGGGACAUCUUGAUGGGAUGGGCGGGGGGCAGGACAUUCUACUACUCGAACAAGACUAAAACUUUAGACUAUGACGUCAAGUUUCGAGGGGAUCAUAGUUCUUACAUCUCUACGACCAUGUAUGCCGCAAGCUUUGUCUCUCUCAAGAAUUUUGGCAUGGAGAAUGUAAGGUCAUUUUGAGCCGUGACUGUAGUUUGAUGUCUGAUGAUGUAAUGCAUGAAUUGUGAGGGAUAGGAAAGACAAACCUCUUCUUGUAUCAUGCAAUGGAACCUCUUUUGCCAAGACAACAUUAGUAUUUUCUUGGGUUUUAUUUGUGAUGAGGAGUAGCUUUCUUGCUUUA